GUUUUGAUUUGCUCUCUCAUUGCGGCAUAUUUUUCGUUGCCGUACUCUCUCGCAUACAAGAACACGUGCUCUUCAAAGUCUACUCAUGUGUGAAACGAUGUAAAUGUGUUGAUUUGACCUAAUGCAGCAAUGCAAUUUGAGCGCUUUUAUGCUCCAGGUCACACUACAAAAAAUUAAUUUGAUAACUAAAUUUCCUGAAGUAUUCUUGAGCUACUUAGUACAAUCUACAAUUGAUUUUAAAUUUCGAAAAACAUCUCCCUCUCAUAAUGUACCAACACUUAAUCAGUCAACUAACACUAAGCCACCAUCAGCUUUAUUUUUGAGAAGGUUAGUGAACGGGGAAACUGUCAAUUAGUUAUUUUGUGUUUCAUUCAAGUUAGGCGUAUUUUUCUUUGUUUUUUUUUUCAAACAUUCAUAAAAAGUAUGGCACAACCGUUGCAUCAUGUGGAUAGAGCCUUUGAAAAGGCAACUUUCGGUAUGGGUUGUUACUGGGGGGCCGAUUCUCUAUUUGGAGUUAAACAUGGAGUGUUGCGAACCUGCGUCGGUUAUGCCGCAGGAACCACUGAGGCUCCGAAAAGCAAACAAUUAGGCGAUCAUGUUGAAGUGAUUGAGAUUCAGUACGAUCCCACCGAGAUUACUUAUUCGGAGUUGCUGGAGAUGUUCUGGAAGAAUCAUGAGUACCGAUCUUCUGCUCGACUGAAACGAGAGUACAUGACUCUGAUAAUGUAUCACAAUGAGGAUCAACGUCGACUGGCAGAAGCCAGUAAGGCCAAGCAGCAAACAGAAGAAGGAAAUGAGCUGAUCGCAACGGAGAUCGUUCCGGAAGGUCCACUGUACCCAGCAGAAAGUCGCAAUCAAAAGUAUCGUUUGCAAGGUCACGUUGAUUUGGUUGAAGAACUCAGAUUAACACCGGAACUAUUGAAGACAUCGCACGUAGCAGCUCGACUCAACGGUUAUCUAGCUGGACUUGGAGGAUUGAAACAGUUUCAACAGGAAUCAGAUAAAUUGGGACUGUCGGAAAAACAAGUUCAAUAUGUUAGAAACUUUCUGAUCCAAAAUGAAGGAGCAGGUCUGUCGUGCUAAACAAGAUCUCGUGAAUAUAUCAAAGAAUCUGUCAUUAUGUUUGCAAUUGUGAACCGGGGUUAACUUCAUCAAUAAAGAUUGUAUGUUUUCUAGGAAAUCAAGAUCCAGUGG